AAACCCGGCUGGACUGCGCAGGCGCGAGAGGACGGUGCAAUAAAAAACCCUUUCAAAUUAAAGGCUGGCACACAAAGCUAUGACAGACAGAGUCAGUGUGUCAGAGCAUUAGUGACCUGCAGCCUGAGACUGAGAACUCAACACUGAACCAUGUCGAAACCAGCCAGUGCCACGGGACAAGCCCCCACUGGGACCAGGAGGUUCAUUAGUGGGGUCGUGGAAGGUUUUUAUGGGCGCCCAUGGACUAUGGAGCAGAGAACAGAGCUGUUUCAAAGAGAACAGAAGUGGGGCUUGAACACGUACCUGUACGCCCCCAAAGACGACUACAAACACAGGAUGUACUGGAGGGACCUGUACUCCGACCAGGAGGCCGAACAGCUCAGGGCUCUGAUAUCAGCAGCCAAACAGCACAACGUGGACUUCGUCUACGCCGUCUCCCCCGGCCUCGACAUCACCUUCUCCAACCCCAGAGAGGUCUCCGCCCUGAAGAGGAAGCUGGAUCAGGUGAGGCAGUUUGGCUGCAGGUCCUUCUCUCUGCUGUUUGAUGACAUAGAGCCUGAGAUGUGUCCAGCUGACCAGCAGACCUUCAGCUCCUUCGCUGAGGCUCAGGUGUCCGUCACUAACGCGGUGUACCAGCACCUGGGAGACCCCGACACCUUCCUCUUCUGCCCCACAGAUUAUUGUGCAGCGUUCUGUACUCCUAAUGUUCUCCAGUCCUCGUACCUGAACACUGUGGGAGAGAAGCUGCUGCCGGGGAUAGACGUACUGUGGACAGGGCCCAAAGUGGUGUCCCACAAAAUCUCUGUGGCGUCCAUCGAGGAGGUGACCUCCGUCCUGAAGAGGGCGCCGGUGAUCUGGGACAAUAUCCACGCUAACGACUACGACCCCCAAAGGCUUUUCCUCGGUCCCUUUAAGGACCGUCCCACUGAGCUGAUCUCCAGGCUGAGAGGAGUUCUCACCAAUCCCAACUGUGAGUUCUACCCAAACUUCGUGGCGAUCCACAGCCUGGCGACGUGGUGCAGAGCUCCAGCUGACGGAGGACAGAAGGACGUGGAGAUGGGUGAUGAGGAGCAGGACUCCUCCUACAGUCCCCAGAAGGCUCUGACUCUGGCCCUCACUGACUGGCUGCAGGAGUUCCUGAGCACCGACCAACCAGGAGCUCGUCUCCCCAAAGAGUCUCCAGGUGAGGAGCCCAUGCAGACGGACCUGGGAGAGAGCUCCUAUGUCCCCGGAGCGGGGGAGAACCCGCUGUACACCGCGGAGCCUCUGACCCUGGAGGACCUGAAGCUGCUGUCGGACCUCUUCUACCUGCCGUACGAACACGGGCCCACGGCCCGGAGCAUGCUGCAGCAGCUGGACUGGCUGAAGAACAACAGGGGGGACGCUGCUGCUGAGACGGACAAGACUGCAGAGUGGCGUUCAAGAGCGAAGCAGUUUGACGACAUGUGUGAAGCGGUGGUGAAGAUGUUCAACCGUCUGUCAAACGCUCCGAACCGCAGAAUUCUCUACGACCUCUACAACUACAUCUGUGACAUCAAGAGUGGCGUCGGCCUGGCUCGAGCCUACGUCAAAACACUAGGAGGCCAGGGUCGCCCCUCGGCCCAGCCCAUGAACCAGGACCCUGAACCCUGGGGCUUCAGAGGAGGACUCUCUGGAGAGUUCCAGAGAAUGCUGCCUUGCCACGGGAACAGGGAUCUGUUCAGACAUCCUCCCAUGACGGAGGUCUACUGCAUACGCCUCUACUGCCCCGAGGACAAGACGGAGGUGCAGAGGAUCUUCAGGGAGAUGAAGAGUGGAGGAGAGGGAGGAGUCCCCCUGAUGAUGCAGCCUCCACUCAUCUGUGACAGCCUGUCAGCAGGUGAUCUCUCCCCGUCCCCUCAGUGUGCUCUGGUCCUGGAGGAUGAGACCGGGCUGGUUGGUUACGCUCUGGCUCUCACCGACGCCAAACCAGCCGCAGCCAAGAUCCAGAGGGCAGUGAGUGAUGCUGUGUUCAGGGACUUCCCCUCCCUGGUGACCGUUCAAGUGCUGCCCCGGGUCACUGAUCCGUCUCCAGCCAGGCGCAUGAUUGGUCGGCUGUUGUCCUCCAUCAGGAGCAGCGGCUCCAGAGGAGUCUUCUGUGAGCUGAGGCAGAGCGAUAAGAGGAUGCUGGACUUUUACACCAAACUGGGCUCCUUCAGACCCGUACAAGUGGCCGGGCUGCCUCAAGACAUUAUCGCCAUGGCAACAAGCCUGUAAACAGGAUCACAGGGAUUUUCCUCAGGUUUGAAAAGGUUUUGAGAUGAAACUGUAAUUGCAAACGUCACAGCAUAUCAAGCAAAACUCUGAUCACUUACUAAUAUUCGUGUAAUUUAGUAAUCAUAACCAUUUGCCAAUAUCCUCCACUAAAGCUGUAACAUUCGUCCAGGAAGUGCUUCAUGACAUUUGUGCAACAAAGUGCUGUAUAAUGAUGAAAAGUGCAAAAAGAAAAAAGUAAUUGAAUACUACUGAUUUUGUAGACAUGACGUUUUUUAAAUGUAUAGUUAUUUUUUUGGAUACAAUUGUUGUUUCAACCCAACAUUUCUACAAUCAAUCUGGCAGACACAUUAAAAACAACGUCACAAAAUGUUCAAACAACAGACGAUAUUUUAAUUUUUUGUAUUUUGAGAGGAUACAAAACGAAUAAAUGCUUGGUUACUGUUCAAAUAAAAAAAGCUGGUGUUUCACUGGCAUGAGAAGCCAGUGAUAUAUUCAAGUUAUUAACUAAUGUGAGAAACAUUUGGGCAGAAAAACUAGUUUAUGAAUCAGAAGUUGAUAUGCAUCAAGUAACUAGACCCAUUACAUCAGUACAGAUCUAAUAACGUAGACUUCAGUGUGUCUGAACAGGUAAGAUAAAACAAAGUUAUGAGUAGGUUUAAUAUUUCAAGUAAUUAACAGACAUUCG